CCUUAUUUUCACACAUAAAAAAUGGCACAAAGUCGUUUAGAACGCAUUGGGACGAUUUAUACCAGGGCCCAAGGUUUGAUUAAAUCGGGGGGCGUGAGGUGGGAGGAUCGCCCCCUUUGGUUUGACAUUUACGAGGCUUUUCCCCCCAAAGAAGAGCCAAACUACGACCGGCCUGCGCCCAAUAUCCCCAUUAAACAAAUUUUCUACGAAGAGGACAAAAUACGAGCUAUUUUUCACCGCAAUAAUAAAAAAAUCGGCGCUACGCAUUUACUCGACACGAAAUAUAAAACCCUGACGCAGAAAUUCAUCGAGAGUUAUACAACAAUUCAAGCACAGUAUGGCGAGUCAGCGACUGAAGAACAAAUCUACAAGGAGGCAAUUGAUUUGUUGAAGAAGAGCCACCAAGAAGUCAAAAAGGAGGAAGACGAUGUUAGUUUAAGUACGGCGUUUAAGGAGUCAAUGAAGGAGCAAAAGGCCAAAUUAAAAAUCAAUGUUGUUGAUAUAUUUAAAUCGUAGUAUUUUUUUGUUAAAAUCUAGUCUUAAUAAAUGUUUUUUGUGA